UUGCCACCAGCAACAUGGCGGCCGAUGGCGAAGACGGGAGAACCGCGGCGGACUUUGUGACUUACGGGACUCCUCUGGAGCCUCUGGACGAAGACGAGGCCCCCCGCAAGCCCCUCCCCCUCCACGAGCAGACGGUCCGAGACGAGAAAGGUCGCUACCAGAGGUUCCACGGCGCGUUCACCGGCGGCUUCUCGGCGGGAUAUUUCAACACCGUCGGAUCCAAGGAAGGAUGGACGCCGUCGACCUUCGUGUCGUCGCGGCAACAGAAGGCGGAGAAACACCAGGCCACGCCGCAGGACUUCAUGGACGACGAGGAUAUGGGCGAGCAUGGCAUCGCCCCGGCCCACAUCACCACGACGCAGCCGUUUGCGGCGCCUGCGACGCGGCGGGACAAAGCCAAGACCGUCAAUGCGCAGACGACCCUCAUACCGGGCGACAACAUCCUCGAGGAACUCGUCGCACCUGCAAGGUCUUGCAUCGGCGUGGAUCUCCUGACCCGCAUGGGCUGGAAAGCGGGUCAGGGUGUGGGACCUCGGGUGAAGAGGAAGACACGGCGCCAGCGCACACCUGAUGGCGGCGCGAGAGUUUUUGGCUGUGCUCCUCCCCCUGCUGGCUCUGAGGGCUCCGAGGAGGACGACGACGAGUUUGCCCCCGAGAACGUGACGUUCGCCCCCAAAGACGUGAUCGCGGUGGACUUCAGCGUGAGGGCGGGGCUUCAGGGUCUGGGCUACAGCGGUCUGGAUCCCAUGCUGGCUCUUCGCGGCGAGGCGGGCGACGGGCACGUGGACCUGUUCUCGCCGCACUCCGACGCCACCAGCAGACUCUUCGGGGAAACACCCCGGGGCUCGCGACGAGGGGGCGUGGCCGGCCAGGCGUUCGGCGUGGGCGCGCUGGAGGACGACGACGACGAAGACGUGUACCAGCGGGACACCAUGUCCAAGUACGACACGGUGCUGGGGGACGAGCCCGGAGACGGACUCUACGGCUGGACGGCGCCGCACAACAAGAAAAAAAAUACACACCACAAGGAGGCGUCGUACCUUGGCAAAAUCUUGGAAGGCUUCACCUUGGCGCAGAAUUCUGAAGAGAAGAAAACUAUCUUUCCUCCGCCCUCGCUGCCGGCCAACUUCCGCCCGGUGCACCACUUCCGUCCCCCGGUGGCCGUUUCUCACGUUUCGGGCGUGAGCGCCGCCCUGGCCGAGGCUCUGAGGUCGUCCAGAGGUCAUAUGGUCCGGGAGGACGCGGCCCCCGCGGGACGCCGCCACAUGGCGUCGGGCCAGAGGGGGGCGCUGCUGGGGGAAGACGCCCUACCAGGCCCCGCCUCCGUCAUGGAGCUCCUGAGGCCCGAAGACCGCCAGCGCUUGCUCCGCCUCCGCGCGUCCGCUCCCGCUCCCGCUCCCGCUCCCGCGCCCUCGGCCGGCGCGGCCUCCGGCCGUGCGGCGCGUCCGUCGUGUCCCCCGACCGCGCCCCCCUCCGCCUCGUCGUCGGCCGUGUCGGAUGAACAGCAGGAGGCGGCGGCGGCGGCGUGGAGAGGCGGCAGCCACUCGCAGGCGUUCAAACCCUUCGAGAAGAACGCCGGCAAACAAGCCAGAUACGAAGCCUACUUAGGACGGCUGCGGCUGGGAGACAAAGGCGCUAUGGAGGAGAGUUUGGAUCCUUCCAUGACGGAGUGGGAGCGCAGCAGGGAGAAGGAGGAGUUUGUGCGCGCCUCCAUCCUCUACCGGCCCAGCUCCUCCAUGCUAGCCAGCCGCUUCACGCGCGCCACGCGCCAAGACGACGACGACCGCGCCGUGGAAGUGGAGCCGGAGCGAGAGGACAACCUGCAGGACAAAAAAGCCGCCGUCAAGAUGAAAAUGUUCGGCAAACUGACCAGAGAAACGUUUGAGUGGCAUCCUGACAAGAUUGUUUGUAAGCGGUUCAACGUGCCCCACCCCUACCCAGGCUCGUCCACCGUCGGCCUUCCCAAAGUCAAGCGAGACAAGUUUUCCGUCUUCAACUUUCUGACUCUGACCCAAGGUGCCGAACAUCCAGCUCCUCCGAAGAAGGCGCAGGCCACCAAGAAGUCCAGGUGGGACCAGGAGGCGCAGCAGAAUGACGCGGCGGCUCAGCAGACAAGUGACAUCAACGAAUCUUCAGGGGUGUCCAGUAAAACGUCGGAGGUGACACCUGAAGGCAGAGCGGAGAGCACACCUGAUGGAUCAUGUGACCUCUCACAGAACAGGGAGCAGGAGGAGGAGGAGGAAGAGGAGAAGGAGGAGGAGGAGGAGGAGGAGGAGGAGGAGGAUGAGCAGGAAGUGGAGGAAGAGGUUCGUCCUCCCAUGGACGUGUUCAAGGCCAUCUUUGCCAGCUCCUCAGACGAUAGCAAGUCCUCCUCGUCUUCCUCGGAUGAAGACUGCAAGGAAGAAGAGGAAGGAGUCGAUGCGCAACCGACGAACCUCUUCGACAUCUCGUCCUCGUCUUCCGCUCCCACGGCAUCGGGGACGACUUCCUCACAGCAGACGGCUCCGGUUUCCUGUGCGCUGUCAGAGUCCCAGGAAGUUCUGGAGUUCGGUCCCAAGCUUCCUCCUCUCUGGUUCGGUCCCGCCACGGGGGGCGCCGCCGCCGCCGCCUUGCCGGCCCGUGACAGGAAACACAAGAACAAGAAGCAACACAAACGCAGAAAAGACAGGAAGAAGAAGAAAAGCAAGAAGAAUAAAAACAAAGUGAAGCACCAAGAAGACAAGAAGAAAAAGACGAAGAAAAAGGAGGAGGAGGACGCAUCGGAGCAAAGCGAUGACGACGAAGACGGAAAGAAGGACUUGAUCAGAAGGCUGAAGAGCGUCUCGUCUUCGCACGCCCCCCGGUGACCCUCGUCGCUCAACAAGAAAAAUGUCCACUGUGACGGAAUUGCAUUUUGUCAUUAAAAAAAGAGUUUUGAAAUACGAGAAA